AUGCUAGCCGACACCGCACCCAGCCUCCGCAACCUCUUUCCCAACGCCCUCUCUCUCCUCUCGCUCUCCAUCCUGCUCCCGCUCUUCCUCCAUCUCCUCUGGCGCCUACUACUCAACCCCCAAAACCCCAAACCCUCCACUCAAGCCCACCCCGAAGGAAAGCCCACAGCCCGGAAAAAGAGCCAGUCUUCCUUCUACGGCACCCCCACCACCACUCCCCUCAACUUCACCAACGUCGCGCCCUUCCCCACCUCCCCAUCUUCAUCUUCCUCCUCCCCACAUGUCUCCACCGAACCCGACCGCUGGUACCGCGACCGCACCCUCAUCUCGGCGCCCGACCGCGUCUACACGCCGACCAUGGCGCUGCGCACCUGCCCCUUCGACGACUGGCUGCGCGUCGACACGAACUACCCGGCGCGCAUGACGCACAAGCGCAACGUCCUCGACGCUUACGGCUGGAAGCAGGUCGGCGGCGCCAUGGCGUGCAGGCCCGAGGCCGAGGCGGCGGUGCGGGAGUUGCUCGGGUAUUUGGGGGAGUAUUUGCCGAGGCGGUUUCCGGGGGUGUGGGUGAGGGAGGGAGGUAGGUGGUUGAGGAGCUUGGUGACGGGGGAGAGGUUUGAGUUGGUGGAGCCGUGGGGUGGGCUGCACCCGUUGGAGGUAGUGGCGCGGGUGACGGAGGAGGAUUUGGCGGUUUUGGUGCCGGGGAAGGGCGAAGAUGGAGAAGAGGAGGCGGAGGCAGAGUAUGUGCUCAAGGCGGCGGUGAGCGCGUUUCCGGCGGGGUUUGAUAUUCAAGAGAAGAUGGAUCAGCCGCUCACGGCGAUCCACGAGCCGGUUCCGACGUAUAAGGAGAAGUUGAAAAGGGCAAUGAAUAAGUUCUUCAAGAAUGUGACUGCGGAUCGGCUCUUGAUGCGUGUCAAUUGGGGUAUCAAUGACCGGGAAGAACUGUUCUUUCUUGAUGGCACGCAUCUCUACGAGGGCGAUGAGGCGGUAGCGGAUGAAAAGAUCGAUAUAAACCAAGUCCAACUGCGUAUCGAGCGGCAGGUGCUGCGCCGCUUGCCUAGAUCUGGGGCUAUAUGCAUGUUGACUAAGACUUACCUCUACCGUCUGGUCGAAAUUGCUGAAGAGCCAGGCUUUGCAGCAAGGCUGGGUGGCAUGUUGCAUAAGUUACCCGAGAAGCUCGCGUUCUACAAGCGCAAACCUGUAUGGGGCAAGGCUGUGUUGGCGUAUUUGGAUGAAAUGGCGGCAAAGCAUCCCGCAUUACCUACCGAUGAUGAAUAA